AAUAUUAUUUUCUCUUUAAACGUGCGUUUGUAAGGUCAACAUCCUUCGAAAGUCAAUGGCUUGACUUGAUAUCGUAGUGGUAUCAAUGACAACCCUUCUCUACGUUCAAUAAUUGAAAAGCAGUUAAAAAACUUUCUUCUUAUAUCAAGCAAAAAUAGAGUAGCCUACGAGAUUUCCGUUAAAGUUGCUACGCAUACAUUGUUAAUGAUCAACUUGACGUGUCAUUUCAAUCGUUGCAAUACGCAAGCGCGCGUAGGUACUAAGUUCUGCUUGCGGUGAACAGACAAGAAGAAAAAGAAGCAGUCGUUUCGUGACAUCGCGUUUUACACUUCAUGAAAGCUAAAUUAUCGAUACAGAGUUAAAAGUCGAAAACUUUUCACAAUGUACAACAAUAAAAAUUACGAACGUGACAUAAACUUUACAUACGAAUUGAAUCGAUUUGUUCUUCGCAUAUUGGGCGUCUGGCCGUACACAAACAAGAAGUAUUGUCUUUUACAGAAGCUGAAAAAGAACGUGCUGAUUUUCAUUUUUUACUUUCUUCUCUGUUUCGAACUUAUGUCUAUGGUUCUUUAUAUAGUCAUGAUUCUGAAUAGUCCUCGCGCGAAAUUAAAAUUUAUGGCCAGCUUGUUAUUUACGAUCGUAACAGUUCUCAAGUACAGCAAUUUGUUUUACGUGAAAAAUCAAAUGAAAAAUUGCAUAGCGUGUGUUGAGAAGGACUUUCAAAAUAUCGUUAAUCCGACUAUGCGUAACACGAUGCUUUUCCACGCGAAAAUCAGCAGACGAUUGUUCAUCUUGUGCGGUAUAUUUAUGUAUUCUGGCGGAAUGACGUAUCGAACUCUUUUACCGUUGGUGAGGGGGAAGAUCGUCACUGUUCAGAACGUUACGACUAGACCACUGCCGUGUCCUGGUCACUAUGUAGUGUUUGAUCCGUAUAUUAGUCCGGCUUACGAGAUUGUGUUCUUCGUACAGUGUUUCCUGGGGGUCUUCAAGUACACGAUUACAGUAGCAGCUUGCGGCAUAGCAGCUCUUUUUACAAUGCAUAUCGUCGCGCAAUUAGACAUUUUGAUGAUGCUAAUGAACAGCUUAACGAACGAAUAUAACCUUGAAAAUGUAAAGGAGAAAUUAUCUACUAUCGUGGAACGUCAAAUAAAAACGCAAAAUUUCUUACGCAUGGUGCAAGACGUCAUACACUUUUCGAGUUUUAUAGAACUCAUGACGUGUACUUCCAUGAUAUGCCUUAUGAUAUAUUGUAUAAUUGUCGAAUGGGAGGACAGCAAUUCUCUAGCUAUGUUUUCACAGGUCUCUUCAAGUACACGAUCACAGUGGCAGCUUGCAGUAUCGCUCUUUACGAUGCACAUCAUCGCGCAAUUGGACAUUUUGAUGGCAAUAAUAUGAACAACUUAACAAACAAAUACGCAGAUAAGGAUGUGAACAGAAAAUUAUUUGUCAUCGUGGAACAUCAAAUAAAAAUGCGAACGUAACAUUUGUUUGUUUGUGCAUGCAUUAACAUGCACAUUUGAUUUCGAUUAUGUUAAUAUUUUUACUUCAUUUGAAGCAAAUAUAUUUGUUGUUAUUUUAAUGUAUCAUGUAUAUCGCAUGGCACUUCAGUAUGAUAAAUAUUUUAUUUUGUGAAAUAUAUAUGUGAUUGUAUUUGGAGGACAAGUCUUAUAUUUGUUGUACGAUAACUUCCAGUUUAUUGUAUAUGGUACAAGACGUUUCACAUUUUUCGAGUUUUGUAGAACUCAUGACGUGUGCCUCCACAAUAUGCAUAUUUAUAAUAUAUUGUUUAGUCAGUGUAUAGAGAAAAUGUUAGGAAGAAAAUAUGUCUGACUUUUUUGCAAUAUCAAAGAUAAAACCUGACUCACUUUUAUUAUGGGUAAUUGUUAUUUGCAGAACAUCAAACCAACUGAAAUAUGUUAUCUAGCAGGAAAACGUGCAUUCCAUGUAACAAAAAAAAAUUAACUUCAAAAAGCGAACGCUAUUAGCCAUAGAAAAAUAUUCAUUUGCAUUUCAUUUAUUAUUCAUAAAAAUAUUUAUACACGUUCUUAUACAUCUUAUAAUA